AUGAGCCCCACCACGGAAAGCCACACGGUCGGGGCCCUCUUACUCAUGCUUCUAGCAACGACGACGAGGGUCUCUACGAACACUGCAGUCAAAACAGGGACGGUACCAGCCGUGAACGUGGUCAUCGAAGAACCAGAAUUCACCGAUGUAAUAGAAAAUGUAACAGUGCCUGCAGGGCGGAAUGUCAAAUUGGCAUGCUCCGUCAAAAAUUUAGGAUCAUAUAAAGUAGCGUGGAUGCACUUUGAGCAAUCCGCCAUUCUAACUGUACAUAAUCAUGUGAUAACGCGCAAUCCACGGAUCAGCGUGACACACGACAAGCAUGACAAACAUAAGACCUGGUUCCUACACAUAUCAAACGUCCAGGAGGAGGACAAAGGCCGGUACAUGUGCCAAAUCAAUACCGUAACGGCCAAAACGCAGUUCGGCUACCUGCACGUUGUCGUGCCGCCGAACAUUGACGAUUCGCUGAGCUCGAGCGACGUCAUUGUCCGGGAGGGAUCCAACGUGACGUUGAAAUGUCGCGCCACCGGGAGCCCUCAUCCGUUAGUCAAGUGGAAGCGGGACGAUAAUUCUAAAAUAGCUAUUAAUAAGUCGUUAAGUGUGCUCGAGUGGGACGGCGAAUCGGUGGAGAUAUCGAAAAUCUCCCGCCUGGACAUGGGCGCAUACCUCUGCAUUGCAUCCAACGGUGUACCGCCGACGGUGUCGAAGCGAAUUAAAGUCAGCGUUGACUUUCCACCGAUGCUCUGGAUACCGCAUCAGCUGGUAGGAGUACCUCUCUAUUUCAACGUUACUCUGGAAUGCUUUACCGAGGCGCACCCGACGUCUCUCAACUACUGGACCCGGGAAGACGGCCACAUGAUUCACGAUUCUCGGAAAUACAGGACGGAAUCAAUGGUAGGGACGCCAGUGUAUAAGACACACAUGCGACUGAACAUCUUCAACAUUCAGCAGAGCGAUUACGGCACCUACAAGUGUGUAGCAAAGAAUCCUCGAGGGGAGACUGAUGGAACGAUACGAUUGUACAUAUCUACGCCUCCAACAACAUCACCAAGUCCAAUAACAACCGAAUUUCAACCAGUGGAUUACUGGUCUAGCAAUGGGCGCAAUGAUACGGCCGGUUCUCAUCAUACCUUCAACGGGCUAGGAAAUGGUCAGCAUCAUCCCAACUCGUAUUCCGUGCACGUGACUGAUAAAAAUUCUAAAUAUUCAUCCAAUCUGAACGAUAUCGAUAAAUCCGAGCAGAAAUCGUUCGAUUCGAAAGUCAUCUAUUGGUCCAGCGCAAAUGGAAGCAGUAAAGCUGCCUCGCAAACUUUACGCAACAUUCUGUCCAGCAUCAUCAGUUCAGCGCUGCUGGGUGCUUCGCUGGUGAAAUAUGGCUUUCACUAG